AUGGUGCUCGACUUGGACCUGUUUCGUACCGACAAAGGCGGCGAUCCAGAAAUCAUCCGCGAAACUCAAAGGAAGAGAUUUAAAGAUGUUACACUGGUUGACAAACUUAUCGCCGCGGACACAGAGUGGAGAAAAUGCCGCUUCACUGCAGACAACCUCAACAAAGCUAAGAACCUCUGCAGCAAGAGCAUUGGGGAGAAAAUGAAAAAAAAGGAACCAGUUGGAGAUGAUGAUUCUGUACCUGAAGAAGCACAGAGCCUGGAGUCGCUAACAGCUGACACACUGUCGGCCCUCACAGUAUCCCAGAUCAAGAAGGUGCGUGUGCUCGUGGAUGAGGCAGUGGAGAAAACGGACAGUGAGAGGAUAAAGCUGGAGGCAGAGCGCUUUGAGUACCUGAGGGAGAUUGGCAACCUUCUGCACCCGUCUGUACCCAUCAGCAAUGAUGAGGACGCAGACAACAGGGUGGAGCGUACCUGGGGAGACUGCAGCGUGCAGAAGAAGUACUCUCACGUUGACCUGGUGGUCAUGAUCGAUGGCUUUGAUGGAGAGAGGGGCGCUGUCGUGGCCGGGAGCAGAGGUUACUUUCUGAAGGGACCACUGGUGUUUCUGGAGCAGGCUCUGAUCAAUUACGCCUUAAGGAUUCUGUACAGCAAGAAAUACACCAUGCUCUACACACCCUUCUUCAUGAGGAAGGAGGUUAUGCAGGAAGUGGCACAGCUCAGCCAGUUUGACGACGAGCUCUACAAGGUCAUCGGUAAGAGCAGUGAGAAGUCAGACGACAACGCCAUCGAUGAGAAGUACCUCAUCGCCACCUCUGAGCAGCCAAUUGCAGCCUUCCUGAGGGACGAGUGGCUCAAACCCGAGGACAUGCCCGUCCGCUACGCAGGUUUCUCCACCUGCUUCAGGCAGGAAGUGGGCUCGCAUGGCCGAGACACCCGUGGGAUCUUCAGGGUGCACCAGUUUGAGAAGAUUGAGCAGUUCGUCUAUGCCUCCCCACAUGAUGGCAAAUCCUGGGAGAUGUUUGAUGAGAUGAUCGAGACGGCAGAAGAGUUUUACCAGUCACUAGGAAUCCCUUAUCGCAUUGUCAACAUCGUCUCUGGUGCUCUGAAUCAUGCAGCCAGUAAGAAGCUUGAUCUGGAGGCCUGGUUCCCCGGCUCCAGUGCGUUCAGAGAGCUGGUCUCCUGCUCAAACUGCACCGACUAUCAGGCCAGGCGCCUCCGCAUCCGCUUCGGGCAGACCAAAAAGAUGAUGGACAAGGCGGAGUUUGUGCACAUGUUGAACGCAACCAUGUGUGCCACCACACGAGUGAUGUGUGCCAUCCUGGAGAAUUACCAAACCGAAGAGGGAAUCGUCAUCCCAGAGAAGCUCAGGGACUUCAUGCCUCCUGGUUUGACGGAGAUCAUCAAGUUUGUCAAGCCGGCUCCUAUAGAUCAGGAGAUGUCCAAGAAAGCAAAGAAACAGCAGGAUGGAGGAGGAGGAGGAAAGAAGAAGAAGCAGGGAGGAGACCUGCCCAACGCCAUGGAGAGCAUGUCCGUCAACGACUCAUAGACUCCGAAACAGAUAGAAACUGAUGGAAUAGAGCCUUGAUUAUAACCAUCACAUAUCGCCUCUUUAAACGAAACAUCUUCAAACAGUGGAGGCUGGCUCUAUGCUGUCUGUUUCUAACUGAGUGGAUGGUCUUCAUCAUCUCAGCUGUUCCUCCCCUCAUUCACAUAAAGGGAUCUAUCUGUGCUCUCUUCUACAGUUCACUUCAGAGUCCACUCACCACCUGUCUGUCUGUCCUCCACAUACAUCUGCAGCAACACUGAGCCUAAAACAACCCGAUAAAAAAGCAGCAAUGCAGUAAAGUCCGAGUUUCCAGCUUCCCCGUUCAUUGAGUCAGUAAAAGGCUCGAGUGUAGUGCAGAUAAACUCCUGGUUAUUCACAUGAUGCGUGUUUGUUUCCAGGUUGUUUGGGGAUCUGUUCUAAUCAUUGGAAAGUGUUUUUUUGUACAAGUGAUCAAUAAUGAGUCUAAACUCUUCGUCUCCUCUUUAAAACACGGUUGUUGUUUUUUCUGUUGCUGGCUUUAAAGAUUUACUGUAAUCUAAACUUUUAGUGGGAACAAUCAGGUGUUGGACUUUUCCGUGUGUUUUAGGCUUCGCUUCACGUCGACUAAAACCCACAAUCGUCAUCUUCCACCAUUUGUUGCUUGACAUCAUUGUCGACCAUAACGUUGUCCACCAGCUUAUGACUCAGACGUUGACAUUGUAAGAUCUUGCUAAUGCAAAUAUAUAUGUCAAGUUAUAUAUUACUGAGCAGUGAUGAUGUGGCACUCAGAUUAAAAACAAUCCGUAUGGAA